AUGGCUGCCGCUGCGAAGCCAACCAAGAACCAGCUUCGGCGGGCGAAGAAGAAGGCUCAGAAGCACCAGGUACGUCUUUACCCUUCAGCGCCUCCCUCACAAACUUAUCUCGUGCAGCCAAAUGCAGAGCAAAGCCCAGACGCCACCGUCAAAGCCGAGUCGGAAGAGCCCACCCCUGCGCCGACAGCCCACGAUGAAAAAGUCAAGUCGGAAGAAGGUGCCCGGGGUGGAACCCCCGUCACGGAUCCGCUCAUAGUCGACGAAGACAACCCCCUCUACGAUCUCUACAAGGAUGUGCUGGAAAGGUUCGGGGACCCCGAUAAAGAGGACCCGUCCUUGAAAGAACCCGACAAACCUGAAGUGUAUUAUGAUGACGAUGACGAGAUUCCCGAUGAAGAAGAGGAGACCGCAGCACCCAAGAUGUCGAAGAAAAAACGUAAAGAGAUGACACAAUUGUCGGUUGCCGAACUCAAAGCUCUCGUCAAAAAACCCGAGUUGGUCGAAUGGACCGACACGACAGCACCCGAUCCAAAGUUGGUGGUUCAUCUAAAAUCAUACCACAACGUUGUUCCCGUGCCGUCCCACUGGUCGCUGAAGCGAGAAUAUUUGUCUUCGAAACGCGGGAUCGAAAAGCCACCUUUUGCCCUGCCCAAGUUUAUUCAAGAAACCGGUAUUGCAGAGAUGCGGGAUGCCGCUUUGGAAAAACAGGACCAGGCCAGCUUGAAGCAGAAACAGCGAGAGCGAGUGCAAGGGAAGCUGGGCAAGCUUGAUAUUGAUUACCAGAAACUUUACGAGGCAUUCUUCCGGUUCCAGACCAAGCCGGAACUGACGAGGUUUGGCGAGGUGUACUACGAAGGCAAAGAAUUUGAAACCAACCUGCGACAUCUGAGACCCGGCGAACUAUCCGACGAAUUGAAAGAAGCCCUCAAUAUGCCACCCGGUGCUCCUCCGCCGUGGCUCAUCAACAUGCAAAGAUAUGGUCCUCCGCCGUCGUAUCCUGCCCUGAAAGUUCCUGGUGUGAAUGCGCCCCCUCCGCCUGGUGCCAGUUGGGGUUUUGCUCCUGGACAGUGGGGCAAGCCGCCGGUGGAUGAAGCGACAAACAGACCUCUAUAUGGCGGUGACAUUUUUGGCGUGCUGCAACCACAACAGAACACUCAACAGGGUGAGCCUGUGGAGAAGGACUUGUGGGGUGAACUGCAAGAGCAAGAAGAGGAAGAAGAAGAGGACGACGAGGAAGAUGAAGAAGAGGAGGACGACGACGAAGAAGAAGGUGGCACCGGUAUCGAGUCCUCGGCUGGUCUGCAGACCCCAAGUGGUACGGCCUCUGCUGUGCCUACAGAAAUUGGAGGGACUGAGACAGUCUCGGAAUUCGACCUUCGCAAACGCCGCGGCACAGAGACAGAAGAAUCGUCUCACCCCAAAUCUGCGUAUCACGUCAUCCCUGAACGCCAAACGCGUGUCGAAGGCUUCUUUGGCGGCGACCGGGUAUACGACUUGAAAUCGGCCCAACAGAACAAUGUCCCCGUUCUCGGACAAGAGGAUACUCGGAAGCGGAAGAAGCCCGGUGAUGUGGAUGUGUCUAUCGAUCCAGAUACUCUGGCCGCCCGCGACGGUAUGGACAAGGAAGAGCUACGCCGUGCAUAUGAACAACAACGCAAGGCGGAGCAGAAUCCCCAGUGGGACUUCCAGGAAGACUUGUCGGAAAUGAUUGCCUCCGAAUCGAGGAAGAGGCAGAAACGUGAUGAAGAGAGGAGGAGCAAGCGGUGA